AUGACGGCCGCCAACACAGACACCGAGCUGCUAACAGAGCAUUUUGGAUACCCUCCAGUCUCGCUCCUCGACGAGAUCAUCAACAGCAUCAACGUCAUCGCCGAGCGCGCCCUCGCCAGCGUCGAGCAGGGACUCCUCAACGCACCACCACAGUACCUCGGCUUCGGCAAGCCGCAGAACCCACCCGCAAAUACAAAAACAAAGAGGAAGGGCAAACAGCAGCCACCGCCAGAAGAUGCACAACUGGACCUAUCCCCCGAGGCGAUUGAGAAGCGAGCGCACGAUGAGAUCUCCAGCGGCACGCACCAGCUCGAGACGCUGCUGUGCGCGUCCAUCGACCGCAACUUCGACAAGUUCGAGCUGUACGUGAUGCGCAACAUCCUCUGUGUCAAGCCGGACGAUAGGGACUGGCUGCGGCUGGGGCACUACGAGGGGCUGAACUUUGACAACCUGCCCGCGAAAACACCGAGCAAUAACACCAGUGGCGGCGCCGACGACAGCAUGGACGUGGACACGCCGGACCGGCCGACGGUCGAGUCCGUCAACCGCCUGCGCAGGAGGCUGCAGGCGUCGCAGAAGCUCAACACCAUGCUGCACGCCGAGAAGGCGCGCAACGACGCGCUCCUCGGCGAGCUGCGGUCGCUGGUCGGCAGGGUCGGCGCCGGGGCCGUCAAGGACGAACCCCAGGGAGGGGGAGAAGCGAGGCCGAAGCCCCCGCUCGCGUUCCUGCACGACAGGGGCGACCUCACCCUCGCCGACGCCAAGACCCCGCUCACCACCACGACGGCCUUCUCCCUGUCGCAGCUCCAGGCGCUGCGCGCCCUGUCCGGGUCGCUGUCGAGCAUCCUGCCGAGCCUGCAGGGCGGCGGCGUUGACGAGGGCGGCGCGAGGCGGACGUGGCGGAAGGAGCGGGUCGAGUACGUCGAGGGCGCGGCGCGGAAACACCUCGAGCACGUCAGGGGCCUGGAGCUGGGCAGCGACGGGGAGGUGCGCGAUGGAGAGUGGCAGGGCGAGGGGAGGAGGUUCGCCGGCGGCGAGGUCGCGGCUCUGGAGGGUGUCGUGAAUGCCCUGGCAGGCUCUGGUAGUAUAGGCGGGGAUGACAAGAUGGACGAGUAA